UAUGAAAAUGAGCAGCACACGGGGGUCUAGAAGCGCGUAUUGUAAAAGUUGAAGACUUUUAACGCGUAUAUGCGCGUGAGAGACCGAAUGAAACAGUGAGGCGUAUUCAUGAGUUGUCAGCCUCUCGCUCGUCUAGACUGACCGACAGUUAAGACGGACUGUAAAUGACCGCUAACCACGUCCUGUGUGAAAAGGCCUUUAAGUUUAAUAUGUUUGAGAAGCCUCGCCGAACCCACAACAUUCGCAGCGGUUUGGUAAAGGGAGGCAGGCGCUCUCUGACAGCGCGCUCAGCGUGAAGGAGGCGUAUCAUUCCUCUCAGUCAUGAGGUACCUCUGCUCGGGAGUGUUUUUAAUCAUCCGUGGGGCUCAGCAGCUUUAAGAAGAAGAAGGAAGCCUUCAGAGAAACUUUUCACUCUGUUUUGAUACCCGGACCGUUGAAACGAGUCUUCACAACCAGCUCUGGCGCACGUCGAAUUAGUUCAAGCUUUUCCACGAUCAAGUCAUGAAGCGUUUCUCAGAUACACGCGCUUUAACACCGCGCGUCGGAUUCCUGAACUGCGCUUUUAAGCGCUUGUCGCUCCACUGCGCGCCGCGAUCCGGAGGGAUGAUGUGUGGUCCAAACGCACAUUCCCAAUGCUGUGCUUUGACUCUAGCCAGGAACGUUUGUGCAGAAGUGGGAAUGCUUUUCCGUGGGAUCUGGAUGCUCCGCCGGAGGUACUGCACGGGUCCCCUUCUGCUGCUGGGGAUAGCGGUCGGGCUGUUUUACCACACUGUGACUAUGGACCGGGACAGAACUGAGUUCAAGUCCAGUCAACGGGACCAAAUGAACAGAUCUGCGGUGUUUGAUUAUAAACUACUCCUCAAGAACCCAGAGAGACUCCUUUCUCUACUAGAAGCAUCACAGACAGAUUUUGUUUAUCAUUCUCAGCGCAGCUGUGCUGGAAAAGCCAUUAUUCUGACAGGCCAACAUGCUCCGACUGACACUGAGGUCCAGUUGUACAAGAGAGUCCUACAGCAGCAGGGGUAUCGAGUGGAUCAGGCCCGUUACGCAGAGACCAGCGCCUCACUCAGACAGGACAGAAGAGAUGGAAGAGACUGGUCUGUCUUGAUCUGCCUAAAGGGCUCUGAAAAAAGUUGCCUGCGAAAAAUCAACUUCGCCCAUCCACAGCACCAACAAAGGGUUAACAUAAUACCAGCCUUUGCAGGAGUGUUUCUGGACAUGGGCGGAGUCUGCCGGUUUCUGACGGACAGCCAGUUGUCAGGAGUGACAUUACCAAUACGUCCUUCUGCCUGCGCUUUUUCCACAUCUCCACAAGAGGGAACCCCAAAUGCUGCUGAAGAUGAAUGGAGGAGGCCAAUCACAGACAGCCGCUCGGGAGUUCAGAGCAUGAAUGCCACCAUAAACGUAUACGUCUUGGUUACUUCGGCAACACCGCUGACUGCUUUUGUCCACCGCACAGCCUUGGUCAAACCCCACUUGGAUAAAACUAGUUAUGCCACCGAGUUGCAGGUAUUCUUUAGAGAAAGACUGGGUCCUGUUCUCUCUCAUAAGGCCAUUGAGCACAUGAAUCACGUCAUCAGUGGCAUCCUGAAAGCUGCUUUAUUAACCACGAAGGACAGCAGCCCCUCACCCAGGUGUCAGCUGUGUUUUCAAUUAAUGACCUUCUCAUUGCACUAUAACUCUUCUCUUCAUCCGGUAGUGGUGAAGCUUCAGACUGAUCUACACUUUGACGGAAUGAAGGACCCUCACUUUGAUGGACAGAUAGCCAAAGAGUAUAUGCUGGAGGAUGUGCUGAAACUGCUUUUCCCAGCAUGCAGCAGCGAGGGUGUGGAGCCUAGUUUGCUAUUUAGAACAAAGGAAGAGAACCAAAAGUACAGUGACUGUGAAGGGCCAAAAGAUCUGUGUCUGCCUCCAGAUGAGAUGCAUUUAUUGCAACAGUUUAAUCUGCACCUCAAAAGACCAGGACCCUUUCAGCUGCUCUACCCUACAUGUCCUCUUCCUGACGAUCCUCAGCAUGAUCUAAUCCAGACAGAGUCCCUCAGCGCACAGGAUUAUGGAUGGAGACCAGCUCUCGUGGCCCUGCUCCAAGAGCUCAGCCUUUACUACACGAGAAAACAUCAGACUGAAAGCUUGGAUGACCCAAAGAGCCCAGGGGCAUCAGACCCAAGAAAAGGGAGGUGUGUUGAUCCCCACCUGAGGCAGUUGUACACAGACCCUCCAAUGGUGCUGAUGCCAGCGUUUAAUGCAUGGGAGAAGGAAUAUCGAGCUGAGGUUCCGUUUGAUGUGAUCACCAUUCGUAUCCGGCCAGAAGCAGUCAGCCCUCAUUGCCACAUUCACCUGGAUGAACAUCGUGGACCCAGGAUGGCAAACUACCCGGUUGGCCUGGGCAACAGCAGAAUCAACAUUCUGGUGAUGGACGAAUCAGAGGCUGAGCCCAUCGUCAUGACGAUAUACACUCUGUACAUAUACCGCGAAAGCAGGCCCAGUCUGCCAAUGUUUGAUGAGUAUGUGAUGUGCAGCUUCAUGCAGGACUGUGGCCUAGUGGUCAGACCAGAUCAGCUCUGCGGUUUGGAGCCCAUUCCAGGGACGAGAUCUUCAGAAGAGGCCCAGGCCUCACCUCGGCCUUGCCUCUCAGGAGAUGAACCUGGUCGUUGGGUCGUCCCAUGCCUGAGCUGUUCAGACAACAGGACUUGUGAUUGGAGAGAGGUUGCCUGGCAGCCAGACAGCUGUUAUCACCCCUUGCUGGACCAACCUCAGUUGCAAACCUGCAUGAUGGGCCGGAAGGUCCUGUUUAUCGGCGACUCCACCAAUCGAGGGAUGAUGUACUACCUGAUGGAGAGGGUGAACACUACUCUGGAGGACUGGGACAAGGCCCAUGACACCAUCGUCUACCACAACCUAAAUCAGGGCAGAACUAUCGUCAGCUACUCCUACUACCCACAAUUCUGGCUGCCGAAGGCCCAGAGACCCACUUUCCAAAGAGCUCUGCAGCAGCUUCUAGAAAGGUCACGACCCCUGGAGAACUCGCCUCAGACGGUGCUGGUCGCUGGUGGGGUGCAGUGGCUGAACCUGAACCAUUUGAGGACCAUUAAGCAGGUUUUAGAGAGGGAGGGUCUUGAGAAAAUCAUGGUGGUGGUGAAGUCUUUAGGAAUGGGUUUCCAUCUGCCUGUGGAUGGUAUUCGCUCCCUUCCACUGAAUGGAGUGCAAGAACUCUAUAAUGUGAACAAGAAUAUUCUGGAAAGUGCCAAGCAUCUUGGAUAUGAGGUCAUUGACACUCUCAGUAUCACUAUGGGUCGUUAUAGGGAGUUCCUGCAAGGACGAUGUGCCUGCCAUUUCCAUGAGGUCUAUAAGCUUCCCUUUCCAAGCUCUGCUUCCCAACGUAAGCUAAAGAUCUUUAGGGUUGGUGGUGAAAGCAGGAAUCCUGCCAGUGUGCAGACGGGGCCUCAAGAGCACGAGGAACCGUCGUCUCAACCUGACGUGUCCUACCACGUAAAGGGACCAGUGAACGCGGUGUAUUCGGAGAUCCUUCUCAGCAGGAUAUGUGUGAAUCACGCCAUCAACGGGACCAUUCACCAACAGUGACAAAAAGACAAUUAGCGGCUGGUGACGCUAACCUGUGCGUGUUUUUCAGGUGUGUGUGUCUGCGAAUAUGUAUAUGUGUUGAGAAAUCUGUGUAAAAGGGCUAAACUGUGCACACCGAAUGUUCUGAAUCUACUUAACCAUAUGCUGGAUCAAAGUGGUAAAUUGGAGGACAAGUUAGGUAGGUGUCUGUUUGCGCAUAUGUGUUUUUGUGUAGAGCGUUCCAGAUGGAAAAGGGGUGUGAGGGGGGUUCAGUGAGACCUCCUGAAGCCCUGCCAAAAUGACUUUGGCAGCUGCGGCUUAAGGGCAGGCAGUGGCUGCAGUGCGACAUUGUAGAAAAAUAAGAGAGACGGUUGCGCGGACCCUUCAAACAGCCUUGCGAAAGCAUUCCUACAACACUCAUACAACAUUCCCACAAUGCUGCUGCUGCUGAACCACGGGCUAAAAAUGUUCCCAGUAUGUUUCGUGACUGCUGUGGAGUGCCUUUGAUGUCACCCUGCCUCACAUUGCCACUUUUGUGGAAGCUCGGGCGACGUUUUGAAGUCUAGCUUUACACCGCCUUUCUUUCACAUGCCAGGUUUACAAGUAUUUAUGAAGUAUUUUCUAUGCCAAAGGUCUUAUGAAGUAUAUUGUAUGUUAUAGUAUUACUGUCUUAUGUUUCUCAUACAUUUAUUUUUCUACCAGUGUUUUCCAGUGCCUUUUAUAAUAAUCAGUGUAAAAUGUUAUAAAUGCUGUUUACAAAAAAAGAAGAUAUUUAUACUGUUUUGAUGGUAAAUUUUUUUUUUAUUGUUGCUGGGUUUACUCUGAAUUGCUGGAAUGCAUGAUGUUUCAUUUGUCCAUAAUUUACGUUAAACAGGAAGUGGCUUGUGGAGAGAGAAAAUUAGUAGGAAUUAUUUUUUUUAAAUAUCCCAUAAAAUGUAUCUUCCCACCAGUUAUUAAGCUGAGCUCAGAAUGGGCAAAAAACGCAAUUUCCACUUUUACUGAAACAAAUUCACAUGCAACCAAGUGUUGACCUGAAUAUAUUCCGCAGUGCGGGUUAACUCUAUUUUUUAUAUGUCAGAAUUUUAGGGUCAGUGAUUUGGAUGUUUAUGAAGAGCUAUGCCGAGAUAUUCAUCUGUGUCACUUGUGCAUGAAAUGUAUGAUUCCAACAAGCAUGAUGAAUAUCACUUAUACUGAACAAUUAAAAAAGUAUAUUUUCAUAAUUUAAAA